AUGAAAGCCGGCGGCGGAACGAUGGUCCGGUUGACGCUGAGCGGCGGCGCGUUGGUCGCGUCCACCGCGGCGGCGUGCUGUUUCCUGGCCGUGUGGUCGUACUGGUACUACGAGCUGGACGCCGACUGCGUGCAGGCGCGCGACUGCAAGUGCCUGCUGUUCGGCACGAGCUUCGCGGGCGGCGGUUUCGUUGGUGGCGACCGGUUCGCGUGUCAGUACGUCGCGUACUCGCUGAUGGCGUCCGCCGGGCUCGCUGCCUACACGAGCGUAUACUACGGCUGCAGGUUGCUACUGUGCGCGGGCCACGGCCGAGGCCGGCGCCAGCACCACCGGCCCGUCAGGACAGUGGCCGAGACCAGACCUGAGGACGGCACCAGCGGCUGCACCAGUCCACAGAUACAGAUAAAUGGCUUAACGAUUUGUCUUGCAAUUAUUCUCGCUGUCAUGGCGUUAAAUAUGUUUAUUGCUUCGAUCGUACUGAGCAACGGAUAUAUAUCGACCUGUCUGCAGUACGUGCAUCGAGUGAAAAGUUAUUUGAUGGUUUCCGGAAACAUGGUAGAAUUGAUAACAAAUCGUAUGUCUUGUGGGACCAUUUACGAUUUCAUGGACUACUUACAACCGCCAUCGCGACAGGUGACAUAUGAACUGAUCCAUCGACACAAGACCAAUCCACGCGAUUCUGUGAUUAAUACAUCGGCACUUUUAAUUAUAUCUAUUGUACUGUCGUGGUUGAACACAUUUAUAUGGAUUGUAUUUACGUUUUGUACUUAUUAUUUCAGAUGA